CCUUACUGCAGAACACGUCACAAGUUCCAUGACAGCUUCAAGCCUCGUUCUUCACCGAAAGCCACCAAAAUCCCACAGCCCGUCCUCCUUGGCGAACCUCAGCAACCAACUUCUUCACUUUGAUUAUUAGAUAUUUCCUAUCCUUUCUGUGUGUACUUUGUAUAUCGUUUUCGAGCGACAAGAUUUCAUUUAUUACGUCCUCGCCAUUAUGAUCGAUUUCAAACCUGACGAAGAGGCAGUGCGGAACUUUUUGUACAUCGAAGAGGUCAAUUCGAACGAUGGGCUGAGCCGACGCUUGAAUGGAGUUCCGACUUCCCAGACUGUUCAAGGCCUCAAGAAAUUGAUUGCCGAGCAAGUUUCAAAUCCUCAGGGAUGGAACAAUAUUUCUAUUGCAUUCGCUGAUCAAGAGUUGUCUGAUUUGAACACCACACUCUCUUCUCACGGAGUUCAGGAUGGCGACACAAUAUUCUUUACUCGCUCCAUCGCUCCUGCAAUCAAUCCCCCUCCGUAUACCACAAACAACACUGGCCCCGUCAUGCUCAACAACGUGAUGUUUCGGGAUCUGGACGGAAAGACUCUCACACUUCAUGGUGUCGGGCUACAGUGGAAAGUGAAACAGCUUCGAAAAAAGCUUGGUGACGAGAAAUCUCUUGAGGUUGAAUACUAUCGGUUCUUGUGGGGUGGCAAACAGCUGGAAGACGAACGAACUUUGGAGAGCUAUAAUUUCGGCGAGAAUUGCACAAUUCAUCUGGUCAUGAGGCUACGGGGCGGAGGGGCUUCUUAGACGCACUGUGCAGUGACUUGAAUUUAUUAUACAGGCUUAUUUUAGCUACUCAUAUGAUUACAAUCUGCUUGAUACUUUAGCUGAAUGAUAUUGUAUAGUUCGGUCGGGUUCCGCCCAAGUGUGGAGUCUCCUCAUGUCGUAUUAUCAGAGCCUUUUGCAAGCGCUGCACUGUGCGCCCUGCGAGACCGCAUUCAUCUUCAUGA